AUGUCCAAAACUGAGUCUAUAUUUACCGAUACCAAUGACCACCAGUAUUUUAAGCCUUAUCCACAUUGUCUUAAAAGUAAUGGUCGUGAUGGUCAUAGUGCUCGUGAUGGUCAUAGUGCCCGCAAUGGUCGUAGUGCUCGUAAUGCUCGUAGUAGUCGUAGUGGUUGUAAUAAUUGUAAUAAUUGUAAUAGUCAUAAUCGUCGUAACUGUCUUAGAAUUCUACAUAAUUCUGCAUCAAAUAAACAAUACAGAAAAUUAAUGAUCGUAAUGGUCAUUAAUGGUCGUAUUCGUUGUAUUUGUCGUAUUCGUCCUGAUGGUCGUAAUGGUCUUAACUGUCUUAUAAUUAUACAUCUAGGUCGUAAGGUCGUUAUCGUGGUUAUCUUUGUAAUCGUCUUUAUCGUCUUAAUUGUUGUAACUGUUGUAGUGGUAGUAACUGUUUAUGGUCGUAAUCGUCGUAAUCGUCGUAAUCGUCGUAAUCGUCGUAGUGGUCGUAAUUGUUGUAGUGGUCUAAUUGUUGUAAUCGUCGUAUUCGUCAUAAUCGUCGCAAUCGUCGCAAUCGUCGUAAUCGUCGUAAUCGUCGUAAUCGUCGUAGUGGUCGUAAUUGUUGCAGUGAAAUUUAAUGGUCGUAAUGGUCGUUAUCGUCGUUAUCGUCGUAAGCGUCGUAAGCGUCGUAAUCGUCGUUAUCGUCGUAAUAAUUGUAAUGGUCGUAAUGGUCGUAAUGGUCGUAAUAAUCCCAAUGUUCGUUUUAACCGUAAUCGUCGUAAUCGUCGUAGUCUUGGUAGUCGUUGUAGUCGUGGUAACAAUAUACGUCCAUUCCACUGUAGCUACGGAGAGGUCCUUCACGUCAUGUUCAUGUAUCAGUGUCCAGUGUCCCGUUUCCAGUCCCGUUUUGCUUUUGAGCAUCAGUACUUUUUAAGCUCUUUGCGAUUAUCGGUUAGUCUGGCCAUUGAGUUCGCUCAAGGGGAGAAGAAACCAAAAGGGAUUCUGUCUUGGACUUUAUUGUUUGAGAUGGAGAAGCUCCAAUGUUUGAACCGGAGUGGUCUUUUGGCUGCUCUGGAUUGUGAACUAGUGAACUGCUUUUCCAGACAUACCAACAAGUCAGUAGCCUUCACUCCCUGGAAAAGGUUAUUGGAGGGUGCAAUCCCCUCACCUUGUCUUGAGUUCUUGUCUUUGUUUUCAUCGAAGGCUAAACUUAUUUAUAAAAAACCAACUGAUCACAAGUACCGUCAGGGAAAGACGUUGGAUAUUGGCUCUCCAGAUUUUGUCCUUUGGGACAUGUCAAGAUUGUCACAGAAAGAACUGGACAUGAGGGACGAACCCGAAGCAAAGUUAAGGUGCCUAAGUAAAUGCUAUGCUGUUCACUUGGGUGUCUCAGACACCUGUCCCGAGCAGUUUGGCAUUAAAGCAUUUCACCGAUACUUUGCCGUCAUGGUAAAUUUGAUGCCAUGCCGAGUAGGCAGGAAUGAGGGUUGUUGA